CUGCUUGGCUGCGUGGGCUGAACUGAGACAGCAGCAUUGGCAUGCGGGCACUUCGGCGCGGCCGAGCGAGGUUCGAGCUCUCACAGCCCGACACCAGUAUCAGUUUCCGCCUCGGUCGACUUCUUAUCUCUCCGUGAUCCGAGACAUUACAUUUACCCAUGUCCAAACCGCUUGUGCUCACUUGACGACAAGCUCCCACAUCCAGAAGCGGACAGGAUGUCUGUCACCACAAUAGACAACCCCGUCACCACGGCCGUGUCAAGAGCUAUCCUCCAGGACUACGACAUCCACCUCACGGGCGACGACACUGUAACACCACCAAACCAAGACAGCCGUCCACCGCAGCCAGCAUCCACCGCAGCCAACCCGCCCGGCUGGGAUACGCAGCACCGUGGUGUGCCUCCCUACAGACCCAUCAACAGGGAAUUGGACCUGGCCCAGCGACCAUUGGGGGGAAACCCGGUCGGAGAUGUCUUCAUAACCACCAUGUUCACCGGUGUCUUCAUCAACGCGAGUCUGAGGUGGCUGUGGGCCAACACUGGAGGGAGAGUAAAUGACAAGAUCUUUCAUUACAAAGUCGGGGGUGAGAUUUAA